AUUAUUACUCGUUGCAGUCCAUUGCUGAAGAGCUGUGGGCCUCCCAACUGACACCGUCCGAAAUUUCUCCCCCGUGGUGCGAAGUUUCAUGCUCAAGUGCCCGGCGAGCAACCACCAGAAGGGCGAGAACAUCAACGUCCCAGGAGAAGCGUUGUUUCUGGAGCAGCUCCGCAUUAUUACUCUAAUAUUCCUUCACAUUUCAUCCGCUAUCGAUCACUCGCAGAACACCAGUCGUUUUGUUCUCACUGCCGGCUGCUGUUGCAAGCAAGUUCCAUGUUCGCACAGAGGCAAUCAAAGACACAGAGCACGAUGCUGCGAUUCAGUGCAUUGCAUCCCCCACAUGGAUCUUUGACCCCUUCGGGAGGAUGCAGACGCUGCCAACCAGAGGACUCGCUGCUCCGAGGGCAACUUCCCUGGGACCAGGGAAAUCCAUGCUAGACCGCAGAUGAGACUGCAACGCUGCUGCUGCUUGCUGGUGUUGCGCUUGGGCCUUCUCGUGGGAAAGCCGUCCGGCGUUCCAGGGUUCGAGAAUGUUGAAGCGGGCGGACGCCUUGUCCUUGUCCAGCCUGUGGCGGAUUGGAGAUUCAUCCUCUCUCGUGGCCAGUGGAUUUCGGGGAAGCACUAUUGCAGCAAUCCAAUCGAGAUCCGUCUCGGAGAGGAGAGGAGAGGAGAGAGGGGCUUUUCUCACUGCAACGCUGAGCCCAAAAGGGAGCAAAUGUUUGAUAGCCCCUGAGCCGAUACGGA